AAAAUAUGUUAAUUUAACGUGUUAAAAUUUAAAAAUAAAUUUAAAGUAUGGCAUGCAUUCUUAACAUUUAUAUAAAUAUAUUUCAUAGCCUAAAUAUAAAUAAUUUAACAACUUAAAUUAGAAAAAAGUAAAUUACGCCCGGGUUAAUCCCUAGUUGUUCAUUGGAAACUUGAAUAUGCAGAGGUGAUAUGACAGAAAUUUCAAUCUGACGAGUGGAGAUUUAUUCUCUUUUCCAGAUUUCUCUCUUUAUUACCUUUUCUUCUUCUUUUAUGAUCAACAGUAGGACGGUGAGAAAAGACACAUAACCUCCACUUCCCAUUUAAGAAAGACACUUAACCCUAAAUCUUCUUCUCAUCUACUCUCUCUCUUGAGCUGGUUUAAACUUUGGAGAUCCCUUGGGCGGUUUCUGAAACUUUGAAGAUCUCUAGUACAUACUUUGUGAGUCGUCUGUUUUGGGUUUCCUUCAAGUAUUCUUAUUGUCUUUAAUUUCAAUUUUUUUUUUACCUGUGUUCCGAUUUUCUAUUUAUGUGUUCUUUCAAUAGUGGUUUGGAGGACUAGUAAUCAAUUGUUACCUGUAAAGUCCCAGUAUAAAAUAUAAAUCAUGUUUUGCUCUGGGUUAUAUGUUUUGUUUUCUUUGGAAGUUGAUGCAAAAUUGAUCUAUGACAGGUUAGGCUAGAAUAUUUGUAUGUCUUUUUACUUUCAUAGUUUUGAGAUGUAUUUCUUUGUCAGAUUUGUGAUAUGUUAUUUGAAACCUUGUUUGUUUCUGGCAAUUGUUGGGUGUCUACAAUUGAAGUUUGUGAGAAAAUUUCCUUUUGCUAGAAAAGGUGUAUCCAAAUGGAGGAUAAAAAGCAGACGAGUUUCACGUUUGAGAUAGAUAACUUUUCAGAGAAGGAAGCUGGGAGACGGUCACCUCAAUUCUUGGCAGGCGGCUGCGAAUGGUAAAAUAGUGUUUUAGUUUUUGAUCUAAUCCUUUAGGUUGACUCAGUAAGUUGUCUAUGUUAUUAUGUUUAUAACAAAAACAUUUAGUCUGUUUUCUUUUGUUUUCAGGUAUAUUCAAGUUUAUUCCAAUGGAGAGCUUGUUGAUGAUCACUUGUCUAUGUACUUAGGUGUAGCGAAUCCUGAAUCAUUGAGACUUGGAUGGAAAAGACGAGCUAGUUUUUCCUUCCUUCUGCUGAAUCAAUCAGGCAAAGAGCUCUAUAGAACAAAAGGUAUUUUUAACUUGGCAGACAUAAAGUGUGUGUAUGUGUUUUUUACUUUUGAUCUAAUCCUCUAGUUUGAGUCAGUAAGUUGUCUAUGUUAUUAUGUUUAUAACUAAAUCAUUUAACUAGUUUGAAUUUUUAACUUGUCAGACACGUAAAGUGUGUAUAUAUGUUAUUUAUAUUAGCCUUUGUAUCUUUCUUGCAGAACUGUGCGCAUUGUUCUGCGAUCAGUUAACCACAGCAUGGGGUCGGUCAAAGGCCUUGCCUCUUAAAAAGCUUCAAGAAAAAGGGUUUCUGGAGAAUAAAAAACUGAUCGUUAAAGUGGAAGUAAAAGUAAUCGAAGUCGUUGAUGAAGCAGAAGAAGUAACAAGGAAGAAGAUGCUAGAUGUGCAAGGUUUCAAAGUUCUUCAUUCUCAGGUAUGAUUGCAAGAAUAUGCCUCUUGUUGUCUUCGUUUUUUUUUCGAUUCCCAUUCAUUGUUAACAUAAUGUCACUUUUCUCAUGUUGACAGGCUGUUCUAGUAAGUAGGCUUUUCGAGAAGCAUCCGGACAUUGCGGUAAAUUUCAAACCAAAGAACCAACAAGUGAAGACAACAUACAUGAUAUUCCUCCUACAUCUCAUCGAGACAUUGAAAAAACGUCCACAUAGCAUCUCUGAGACUGAGAUAUGGAUCGCUGGCAACGAGUUGAUCGUGCUUACAGAAGCAGGCUUCGAGCUAGAUUGGUUGAAGACAAAGCUUCAUAACAUUUCAUUUAAGAGGAUGUUAUCAUAUGAUAAUGUUUCUAGAGUCCAAGAAUUCGAAAAUCAAGUCAAGAAUCUCAAAGCUGAAGUUUCAUUGGAGAGGAAGACGACAACAUAUGAUAAUUGUUCAAGAGUCCAAAAACUCGAAAAACAAGUCAAGAAUCUCACAGCUGAACUGAACAUCGAGAAGGAAAAAUCUGCCACUUAUGCUACUAAAGUGUAUGCCUUAGAAAAGACCGUGUCGGAUAUCAUUGAGUUGAGUUCAACAAGAAGUGGAACUCAGAGCAGGUCUGAUCUUGGGGAUUUCAAAACUAGCACUAUAUAUGUUUCUGGUACUCAUGAGUCUCGUCAAUGAAGGGAAAGUCAGUAACAAAAUGUUUAUGAUAUUUUAUGAAGAUAAUUAUUCUUCUAAGGCAUGAGUCUCGGCAAUGAAGUCUUCUUACUAAAGCUUCUGGAUAUUUGUUUUGAGUCAAAUCGAUAGCUUUUGAAGCGGUGACCGUUUCGCUUCUUUUUCAGGUCAGCUCUAUGAACUGUGUGGGCUACUAUGCUUGUUUUCAUUUAAAUACAAAGUAUUCGUAUAAUUAUUGAAUUGACUCAUGUGGGAGAAUAGUAAUACAACUUCUAUCUUAACUAUAAACCAAAUGUCAAGGAAACUCCAUAGUUAUAGUUCAUUUAUUUUUUCAUUUGCUAUGGAAGCAAUAUUAUAUUUUUGGAAUAAUUUAAUAUGUUUUAGCUAUGUUUAAACUUAAUAUAUUUAAGCCUAACCAUGUUUGGUCCAAAGAUACAAUUUUCUAAAAUAAAUAUUGUAUCUUUUGAAAUAUGUUUUUUUGUAAAAAUAGAUAAGUUUUGGUAAUAUGAAGCACAUAUAAUUUUGCAAAAAAAGUUUAUUUGUAGAUUUUAAAAUAUUAUAAAUGCUAAAAUAUAAAGAAAACAUUAUUUACAUAUCAUCAUUUAUAUUCUGGUAUUUUAUGUCUUAAGUAUACUAUCUUGUAUAUACUAUAUUUUUAUAAUAAAAAUCAAAAACAGUAUAUAGAACAAUUUAAUCAUAAAAUAUAAGUAUAUGAAUGAAAUAUCUUCUUUCAAUUUUACCACAUAUAGAUAAAUUUAUCUUUAGAAAAAUUGAAAAUAUAUAUAUAAAAUAUUAAUAUAAUAAAUGAAUAUUUUAAUUUAUUUUUAUUAAAAUAAAUUAUUGUGUAAGUUUAUAAUAAAUUUUAUCUAAGAUUUAAAUUAUUUUGCUUAGAAUUUUUAAUUAUCGUAAUUACAGUAUGCUUAUUUUUUAUAUUUAAAUUUCUAUAAUUUAAUUUUGUGUCAUAAUUAUAAUUAUGUUAAAUCAUGUCAUAAUUAGAUAAAAUCAUGUCAUUAUUUUUAAUAAAGUCAUAUCAUCAUUUUUUUAGAAUGAUUAUGGUGCAGACAUCUAAAACAAAGAAGAUGGUAAAAUAGUAAAAGAAAAAAAUCAAAGUUUCAAAAAAAAAAUAGUAAAAAAAAAACUAUUACUUAAAAGACUACAGAAAUAUAAAGAACUCCGUCAAGUAUCCGUUGCACAAGUAAAAGUAAAUCUGUCAAUACCAACGAAAUAAAGAACGUCUAUAUAAGUAACUUCUUUACCAAGAAACUCAGUCUUCUUAGGUCCUCCUUCUCAUUUGUUUAUUGCGUUUCUUGUUUCUCUCACUUCACCGUCAUCACUUUCUACAAUUCUUCUUCUUCUUCUACUUCGAGAAUCUGAGUUUCACUACAUAUCUGCAGAAGAGAAGAAUCAUGACGAUGAUUUAUCCACCAGAGGAUGAAAUCGUCGGUUAUUAUCUGAAGAUGAUGAUCGAUAAAAGAAACGAGUGGCCUAGCAACUUCCUCCGAAGCGAAGACGUGUACUGCGUCAACCCACGGACGCAUUUCAAUACUCAAGAACCUUUGAUCCUACACGACGGACGAUACUUGCCGUUCGUUAACCGAACAGAGAGUUCUGGUAAAACCGAUGGAUGUGACUCUGGUUGCUGGAGGAUCAUGGGUCGUGAUAAACUGAUCAAGUCGGAGAAGAACGAGGAGAUUCUAGGGUUCAAGAAAGUUUUCAAGUUCUGUGAAAAGAACGAGAAGAAGCCAAAAUCGUUUUUUAAGUUCAGCUGGGAGAAGGCAGAGGAGAAGGAGAAGAGACGAGCAAGAGACUGAUGCGAAGACAAGAGGGUUUGGGUGAUGGAAGAGUAUAGGCUUGCGAGUAAAUGGAAUCAAGAUUACGUGAUCUGCAAGAUUCGGCUUCUGAAUCCAAACCCACUAGAGUUUAUGUUAUCCAACCAUGUUCGAGGUUGAUUUUGGAUUCAAGACUCGCUUUAUGUUUUCGCUUUCUGGAAAUUCCAAACUAUCCUUUAUGAUUGUGAUUAUGAUUAUGGAAUUAUGAAUCCAUGUUCGAGGUUACAAUUUAUGAUUGAUUAUGGAUCUGCAAUAUGUUUUCGUUUUUGUUUUGGGCAAAUCUCCAAAAUAGCACAUUUCUAAGUUUAUAUCACAAAAAUAGCACUCAAAAACUAAAAUGACCAAAAUAGCAUUUUAUCUUUUGAAAAAUUUAAAUUUUUUUAUUUUUCAAAAUUUGAAAUCUUAUCCCCAAAACCUCACUUCUCAACUCUAAACCCUAAAACCUAAACCCUAAACCCUAAAUUCUAAACCCUAAACCCCACCCCUUAAGUGCUAUUUUUGUGAUUUUUGGCCUUGAGUGCUAGUUUGGGAACAAAAACUUGAUUUAGUGCUAUUUUGGUCUUUUUCUCUUUUGUUUUUCUUUUGUUAUCCUUUUAUGUGGUUCUAUUUUUCAAAAUAUCUGGUUUCAGUAGUUUGUAGUAAUACAAGAAACCCAAAAUGAAGACCCUUUUAUAAAGAGAGAAACAAACAAACCAGGUGUGUGUUAAUGUGUGUUUACAAAAAAAAAAGGUGUAUGUUAAUGUGUUAAUUAACGAAUAUCUUUCUAGUUUUAAAAACUGUUUGAUUUUAGCAUAAAAAUGAAAUAAACAAUUUGAGAUGCAACACAAGGCAAAAGACACACAACGAAGUGAAAUCUAGCGAGCGAUAACGAGUCCCAACGACAAAGCAG